UUGUUGAUCGUUUCGUAAUGGCCACUAGUUUGUCCCUGUAGGCUUGCCAUACUUUCACAUGACUUCCACUAACGUUACGUGUGACUGACUGACCCGCAUUCCUCAAGUGGCGCUAACUCUGUCAAACUGACUACGUUUAGCAGCAAUUACACGUAAACAGUGGAUGAGAACACUGUCCGUUGCUGCUGUCGUGUGUGCGUGAUAUUUAAUAUCAUCUUUUUUUUUUUUUUGUUCUCCGUGCCAAACAGCUGACAGCCUGCAGUGCGUCGGGGGAUUUGUAACAUCUCUCUUGGAGUCGCAGUUAAAAUCUUCAGUUCUACUUUUUUUUUGUUUUUUUUGUCAGAGUGAAUCUUCAGUGUGUCCGGUAGGAAAUACAUGGGUGUAGGAUAACGGAUGACUGAGCGACAUCUAACUUCUUCUUUUCUGGGCUUCUCUUGGUGAUGACUGAGUUCAUGCAGCCAGACUCCAGAAGGUGUAAUUAUUUCUUCCUCUAUGAUGGAUCCAAAGUCAAAGGAGAGGGUGAUCCUACAAGAGAAGGAAUCUGCUACUUCUACCCUGAAGAGACCCCUUUAGAUGAGCAGGAGCUGCUCUGCGGUCAGCUUGCUGGCGCGAGCCGCUGUGUCUCUGAGCUCUCGUCCUCCCCUGUGCGCAUACUCAGGCUGCGCCGCAACACGUUUUCCAUCCGUAUGAAAGAUGACUUUUUUUGGGCUCUUGGCUGCUCAGUGGAAGUCCCCACCAUCAGUGUCUGUGAGCUCCUGGAUCAGCUGAUAAACCUCUUUUGUUUCUACAAUGGCUCUGUCCGACAGAGCUACCAGCUUAACAGUCAGGAAACUCUGGCUAGUCGAUGGGCGCAGUACCUCUCACACCUGGAGUCAGGAUCGUCAGAGCUUCAUCACAUCUUCAGCUGCUUGAGAACAAUUGACUCAACUAAUAUUGACCCACUUCUCCUGCUCAAAGCUGCCCUCAUUCUCCAGGCCUGUCAGCGCUGCCCUCUAGUGUCAGCAGGCUGUAUUCUUUUCAGAGGAAGAGUUGUAAGCACGCAGAUGUCUCCAGAGCUCACAAUGAAGGUGAUGGUUCAUGAGAGUGAAACAUACACCAAGGCCCAGAGGUCCAAUGGGCCGAGUACCGUCAGCUCAUUUGGCGGUGCUGUCAGCUCCACCUCUGUGUUCCUGACCAUGUCUGAACUUCAGUAUCUGCAAUCCGCCCCCGUCGACAAACAUUUCAGCUCCCAUUCUACUCCACACAAAAACACCCCCCCGAGAAAGACCCGCCUGUCAAGAACGUUAUCCGACACUCCCUCCACUGAGUCAGAGCCGUCUGAUACAGGUUCCUCCCAGUCUCCCCAGAAGGUGUCCCUCACUCCUCACUUGUCAGACAGCGCCAUGUUUAGCCCAGAUCCAUCGCAGAGCUCCGCCGACCCCCCACCGCAGCAGCUAGAGUCCCCUUUCUCAAAUGGAAAACACUCCCCUAUAGCUGAGGAGGAAGUGCAAGAAGAGUCAUAUUAUCACAGCUUUCACAGCAGCGGAGAUGGAGUCGGUCCGAUGCAUAAUGAAGGAGACGGCUCAUUGUGUGGAGAAAACUCCCAUAACGUUUUGGAAGAGGUCAGUGGCUGUGGGAAUGUUCAGGGCCACGAGCCAGAGAUACCAGAUCUUCCUCGCUCUGGUGCUUUUGACAGCCAAGAGGAGUGUCCGCUGAUUCCCAUGACGCUGUACCUGCACCGGGUGAAAGGCUUGGUGCUGGCUCUGCUGGUGGAGCCUCACUUCUUGAGUGACACAGAUUCUAUGGAGGAAGUGUAUCACAGCAGCCUGGCGUCACUCAAUGGACUGGAGGCCCAUCUGAGGACCAUCUCUCCAGGGGCCCCGGGCACUCCAGGACCCUACAUCUUUGCCCACUUUGACUGCAUUCAGAGCACGCUGACAACCAACCUGUCUGGUCGACCAGGGGGAGCCCCACAGCGUCCUUUUGUGAGAGCCACAUCACUUCUUCACUCACAUUUCUGUAACACUGAAACUCUGCAGGAGGCUAUUAUCAGGAGUGCUGGAGCUGCAGUGUAUGGAACCCGCAGCGUGGCCCAGGAAACUUACUUCCAGCAGCAUGGGGGAUCGCUAAGGAACUCUGGCAUCCCUAACCACCAGGACAGUGCUUUCUCGCUUCCCGGCAAGGCACGACACAGACUGCUGAAACACGGGGUUAACCUGCUCUGACGGGACAGCGUCGGGACGUCUGCUGUGUUUACUUAAGAUAUGAAAAGCUGCCUUGUGAGUAACCUUAAAAUCAACGGAGAAAAGCUGAGAAUAUGAUUUAAAGUGUUUUGUUGCUGCUGUGGUUUACUUUCCCCCACAGCAGAUUGUAUGAUAUCAUCUGCUGUGCUAUAAAACCUUAUGGCACUCCCAUUAAUAGCAGAACUUUGCAUUUUCUAAAUUUGUAUUAUGAAUGUCAGAGAGGAUGGUUGGUUAAAGUUAUGUAGGGUAAGUUUUGUUAACAAUGAGGUUUCCGUCACAGUUUUAAGUUAUUUUUUGUGCAUGGUUUUUUCUGAUGUGCUCAAACACAUUACCUCUUGUAUCUAGAAGCACCCUUUUGCCAUAUUUAAGCUCCUGUUAACACACUGCACACAUUUUGCAACCUUUUCACUUUGCAGGUAUUUUCCUUUCAUCAUCACUGAAGCAAAUAUAAAAAAUCAUCUUACUUGUUUAUUCAUUUAAUUAGAAUUUUUUUACUAAAGCCAGGUUAAAUCUUGACACUAUUUAACUGCAUUUGUACAUGAUCCUACUUUGACCCGCUGCAACACUGUAUUGGUUUAUUAUACAAAUUUAUAAAAUGAUCUAAAACUUUUUAUAGACAUUAUUUAUUUGAAAUCAACUCUUUGGUGGCAUAACAAGUCUUAUUUAACUACUCGACUAUUAGAUUUAUUGUUGUUUUUUCAUCAAAAGUGUUAUUUGUUAAAAAUGUUAGUAUUGUAAUGUUUGCAAAGAAAAGGUCCACUGUGAUAUGCUGUAGUGGGUAUUAAAUGAAUACAUGAUCCUCUCA